UGUAUCACUGAUGUAUGUUGUGUGGUAAUCUUUGAUGUGCCGCCAGCAGUUCGAAUGUUUGAAUUGAGUUUGUUUUGGCAUUCGCUGUUGUUUUUCCAAAAGAAUAGUAUUUUGAGUGGGUUUUGCCGUGCGAGUGAGGUUGACAGCCUAGAUUUGUCUGUUGUGUUUUGCGUCCUGCCAUGGAUACGCCAAUACAAACGCGUGGUAGGAACCGUCUGAUCCCACCUACACCGCAAAUGAGGAAAAUUGGUUUUGGAACAGGUGUGUCUGUGUAUAGUAUGCAGAGGUCGCCGUGCAAUGGGAACGAGAGAUCCCCUUGGGCAGUGAAGAAACUGCUGAGGAGCAGCAUGGACAGGAGUUACGAAAAACGUUUGGACAUUGAAGCAGACCUGUUAAAGAAAUUACAGCACCCGAAUAUAGUAGAAUUCCGUGCUUUUGAGCUGAAUUCGAACGGCAGCAAAUGCCUGGCAAUGGAGAAAUGUGAAAUUUCAUUGGGAGAUUUCUUAGAACGGUGUGAAGCUCCUUUGCCACCUUUUAUUAUUAAAAAAGUUGGUCUUGAUAUAGCAAAUGCAUUGCAUUACUUGCAUUCGGAGUGCAUGAUCUUACAUGGAGACAUCAAGUCAUACAACAUACUUAUCAAAGGUAAUUUUGAAGUUGCAAAAUUAUGUGACUUUGGGGUAGCACAACGUCUUGAUGAGAAUGGAAUAAACUCUGAAGACAAUUACAUUGGCACACUUCUGUGGUCAGCUCCAGAGGUACUGCCAAUGGGUUCUGGCCCAACAACCAGUAAGGCUGACAUAUUUUCAUUUGGUCUUGUUCUUUAUGAGAUGAUGACACUUCAUCCGCCCCCACAUGGAUGCAGGAGUUCUUUAGAUGACAGCACUGAUGAAAAACUAGGAACAAGACCUGAUUUGCCUUGCUUAAGCCAAGAAUAUGAGCCUAUCAUCCAUUUAUUCAACUGGUGUACAGAACACGAUUUAAAUCUUAGACCCACGGCAGGUGAAGUAAUAGUGUAUCUGGAGAAAUUCGAAAUGAAUGUGUAUUUGUUGCAGGUUGAGGAAGCAGUCUUCAAAGUCAAUUCAAUGAGAGGAAUUAUCUUUGAAUUCUUUGGCAACAUGCUGUUGUUUGGACAACUUGCUGUGAACUUAGUUGAAAGGAAACUGAACUUAGAGAACUCAAGGCAGGCAAGCAGUGCAACACAUGUUGGUGAACAAGGUCAAGCAAAACAAGGGAGACUGUCAAACAUUUAUCAUUAUGUAUAUGAAGAUAGUGAAGAAGGCGAUCUUGCAUCUCCCGAAGAAUGA